AUGGAGGUCUGCUUGAAGCAUAAGAACGGAUAUGCACAUUACGUGGAACGGAUUAACCAAUAUUUUGGUUACAAAAACAACAAAAAGGGACUUAAGCAUCUCAGGACCUACGCAUACAACAACUGCCGUCAAGCUAUCUACUUAUAUGCUAUUCUUUUGUUGUCCACUGGCAAGCCUACCGAAGGUAUGAGGUAUAUGGAUCGUCUUUAA